CAUGUGAGAAAAACCACAUGGCCAAUGGGGCCAUGGGGUGCCCGCCUGGUUGCGCUGCUCCUUUCGCUGCUGGGGCUCCUUCCGGUGCUUCGUCGCGCGCGCCAAUUUGGCUUCGGUUCGCAUCAAGCAGAGGGGAGGUCAAGCGCCAGCUCCGCCUUGGACGACCGCGCAUCCGCAAGCGCUCAGUCUGCUGCAACCGCAAGCCGCCCUGGGUCGAGCACCUUGCGUGUGGCGAGCUCCGGCACAACUUCAAGCACAAGUACCUCAAGUGCGUCCACCACCCCAAGCACUUACGGAGCCUCCACCCCAAGCACUUCCAGUGCUUCCCCCCCCUCACCGUCCGGCCCGUCUCCGCCUCUUCCGGCGCUUCCCGCGGUGGCGCUGAUGGUCUGCGGCCAGGCGCGGAGCUUCCGGGCGGAGCGGUCCCUCAACGACUUCGUGGUGAGGCCGUGGCAGGAGGUGCAGCACUGGCACCUGCACGUCUUCGGGUGCUUCGACAAAGUGCCGAGGUCCAAGCUUCGGUUCACCGCGGCCUGGGCCUAUCGCGCCAGCACGCAGCUGGAGAGGCUGGGCCUCUGCGCCCAGAGGAUCCUUGCCUUCGGCGCCGGAGGUGCCGCGGGUGUGGAGUACCGCUGGUUCGUGCGGUGGCGCCCCGACUUCGUGGCCUUCAAAAGGGUGCUGCACCCCUCGAAGCUGAGCCAGGACUGCAUCGCCUGCCGCUUUCGGCAGGUGGGGGGCAUGAAGCAGGUGACGAAGGGCAUGCUCUCCUGGGAUCCCCCGAACUGCCUGCUGCGCCGCGAAUCAAGCAUCCCCUGCGGGGACUGCGAUGACCAGGUCUUCAUGGUGCCACAAAAGUUCGCGCAGGCAGCCCUGGUUGACCUCACCAACCGCUCCAAGAGUGCGGCCUACGUCUUCUUCGUGCACAAGCGCCGGGGGGAGAAUGGGCUUACCAUGGCCUGGGAGAACAACGUGAGAGUUCACCGCAUCUGCCCGCUGGAGGUAGAAGGGACUUUGGACAAGUAUGUGACGAAGUGGCGGAAGUGGACGAUGCCGUCCAAGUACUUCAACCAGACUGUGGGAGCGGACCCUGGCCAGCCCGCGCUGAUCCGGCCCUGCAGCUGCUGCUGCAAAACCGCGCCCUUGCGGACCUGCUCCACCCCCCGCUGCGACUCGGUCGACGCCGUCGCGCGCGAGCACGGCGGCCUGUGCGUGCCCUGAGUCGAGCUGUGGGGAGCAAUCGCGCGCCGGGGGUGCGAGACAUCGGCGACGUCGGGCGCGCAGGCCUCGAAGGGCGCGAGGGUUUGAGGAGUCGAAGUGCUGCGCCCAGGGCCGUGCGUCUUUCCUGGCGGUGCCAGGGGAAGCUGGGAGCUUUACGCCCGGGGGUUCCCUGCGUUGCGCACACCUCCAAUGCAGGCGGAAGAAUUCAGCCUGCCCCACGGUUUCAGCCCGAUGCCAUGAAGCGAAGGCGACCCCGCGGAAGCCGCGGCGUCGUGGAUCCAGUUCGGCUUAGCUUAGCUCAGCUCCGAGCUUCGGAGACCAGAUGCGGCCUGACGCCCUGACGCCAAAGCGCCAAGGUGGCUUUGCACCUGGGUGCUGCUUGCCCGAUUUGUAGAUGCGCUUUGGAUCCUAUUGAUGCUUGAAAGCG